CAUGAAUGUUCACAGAAUCUUGUUACUGCUUACAUAAAGUAAGAGCUUUCUAAAAAUGUAUAUUAUGACUAGUGUUUGUAGAGUACUGAAACCAAGAGAUUAAAUUGUUCAAUCAUAUGGAGAAGAAUUAGAGUUUAUCUGAUCCAAUCAAAAUCAGAUGCUGUUUAAAAAACAGUUGUUGAUCUAAAAUCCGAUAAAUGACGUAGAUUAAAUAUCCAAUUCGAGUAAUACGCAGAAAUUGAACUGUAUAAAGAACGUUGAGUAUUCUUUUGUUCUUUGCUUUCUUUUCUUUUUAUAAACAAUGUCUGAACUCAAUAGAUCUCUCAUCAUAAGAAAAUUGGACUCAAGGGUCACAGAAGAUGUAUUGAAAUCAAUAUUUGAUUUAAUAUCACCUACACUUUCUAUCAAAAUAGAAAAAGAUCCUUCAAAUACUGAUUUAAACUGUGGUUUUGUUGAAUUCCAUGAACACCAAACAGCGGAACAAGCAUAUCAUACGAUGGAUGGACGUAUCAUUCAUGGUCAGUCCAUCUCUAUAGAAUGGAAUCAUACUGGACCAUCUAUUCACUCAAGACGUUCAUCAUCUAAUAGUGAUGAAAUAAUACUAUCCAACAUAUCCUAUGAAGAGCUGUUUGCAGAAACACCAUUGUACCAUACUUCUAUCUGUAUUAGCAAUUUACCGAAAGAAACCAUUCGUCAAGACGUUGCUCCUUAUUUGCAACAAUAUGGGUUUGUGUCAGAUAUCCAUAUGUUGCCAAACAAACGAAGAGCAAUUGUUCGACUCGACACACAUGCGAAUGCUGCCACGGCCAUAAUCGCUCUUCAAGACACUAUGAUUGCUGGAAACAAGGUUCGCUUACGAUGGGCAAAAGAAGAAAGACAAGAACAAACGGAUAGUCCAACGAGAUCGUUCAAUGUAUUCUCGUCAGGCUACGAACAUCCCAAAGAGCUUGUUAAUCAAAUCACAAAUACGUAUGAGAAUCAUACAACCACAAGACCACCUGCUCCUACUUUUGAUGCCUCCAUGGAUACAGAAGAAGGACUUCACGGUUGGAAUCAAUACUAUCAACAAUAUUAUAGCGCAGGACAUAUCACAAUUUAAGCAUUUAUUUAUUUAUUUUUUAAUAACAACGAUUCUUUGAAAAAAC